AUGGCAAAAUCCCAAGACCUGCAAUCUCAAGGACCCUUCCCCACAAAUGUGAUGGGGCGACAGUUCGACUUUAGACCUCAAUUGGGAUUAGUUGAUUGUCAAACAUCCUUGAGUACCGCCGAUAACCCACUGAAGUAUGCACGUACCAUGGCGGGGUAUCGACGACACCCCACCAGCUGUACUGCAGUGUUGCCAACUGCCAACUGGUAG